AUGGUAGUAGACACAACUUAUUACGAUUUACUAAAUAUUGAAGUUACAGCCACAUCACUCGAAAUCAAGAAGGCAUACAGAAAACAAGCUAUCAGAUUACAUCCAGAUAAAAAUCCAGAUGAUCCUACAGCAGCAGCAAAAUUUCAAGAAGUUGGUCAAGCUUAUCAAGUUUUAAGUGAUGACAAUUUACGAUCAAAGUAUGAUAAAUAUGGAAUACAAGAAUCAAUACCAAAAGAAGGCUUUGAAGACCCUGCUGAAUUCUUUUCAAUGAUAUUUGGAGGAGAGGCAUUUAAGGAUUGGAUUGGAGAAUUAAGUUUAAUUAGUGAAAUAACGAAAUCAGCUGAAUUAUCAGAAGAAAAACCAGACGAUAAGGGAAAAGAUCAGAAAACCGAAGAAGCAUCAUCCAAAUCUACUUAUGAAUACAAAUCUACCGAUCCUAUAAAUAAAGAUCAAAAAUUUUUAUCACAUCAAAGUCAUGACGAAGCAACUUAUAAAGAAGUGGAAGAGAAAAAGAGAAAAGAAGAAUUGGAGAAAUUUGAAGAAGAAUGUAGGUUGAAGAAGAUUGAGACCAGAAAUAAAUUAGCUAAGACAUUAAUUGAGAAAUUAUCAUUAGUUACAGAAACAGAUAUGAAAGACGAUGUUAUUGAAUCAUUUAAAUCAAAGAUAAGAUAUGAAGCUGAAUCUUUAAAAAUGGAAAGUUUUGGUUUAGACAUUUUACAUACAAUAGGACUUGUUUACAAAAGCAAGUCGAAAAUAUUUUUAAAAAAUCAAACAUUUUUUGGUUGGGGAGGUUUAUGGUGGUCCGUUAAGGAGAAGGGAGGUGUAGUGAAAGAUACAUUUAGAACUGUUAGUGCAGCUUUAGAUGCUCAACGUACGAUGGAAGAAUAUGCUAAGAUGCAACAGGAUAAUGAGUAUCAUCUUAAAAAGGAAGCGGAUGAAGCAAAGGCAAAAGCUGAUGAGGAAAAAAAUAAACUAGAAGAAGAAUUGGAAAAACUUCAAAAACAGAAAAAUAAAGUAGAAGAAGAAUCUCAAUUGGAAAAACUUCAAAAACAGAAAAAUAAAGUAGAAGAAGAAUCUCAAGAACAAGGAACUGAAUCUACAAUAAAUGAGUCAAACAAAAUAGAUAAGGCUGACAAAGAUGUAGUUGAACCUACAAAACAUACAGCAGAAGAUUUAGCUGAAAUGGAACAAUAUCUAUUAGCAAAAGUUUUAGCUGCAGCUUGGAAUGGAUCUAAGUUUGAAAUUCAAGGUACAUUAAGAGCUGUUUGUGAUCAAGUACUAGAGGAUGAAGAAAUCACAAAUGAGCAAAGAAUUGCAAGAGCUAAAGCGUUAAGACUAAUAGGUGAAAUUUUUGUUUCUGUGACCAGAACAGAAGCAGAAGACGAAGAAGCUAAGGUUUUUGAAGCGUUGGUUGCUGAGGCAAGCACGAAAAGAGAAAAGAAGAAGAAGGGUCAUGCCAAAGGUGAAAGCGCUGUUUAA